UGCACUUGGUUCGAGUGUGUCAGCAUGAUGGUGAUUCUACUGAACUGUGUUACCCUGGGGAUGUACCAGCCUUGUGAUGAUAUGGACUGCCUCAAUGACCGGUGCAAGAUCUUGCAGGUAUUUGAUGAUUUCAUCUUCAUCUUCUUUGCAAUGGAGAUGGUGCUGAAGAUGGUGGCCCUUGGGAUCUUUGGCAGGAAGUGUUACCUUGGAGACACCUGGAACCGCCUGGAUUUCUUCAUUGUGAUGGCUGGGAUGGUGGAAUAUUCCCUGGACCUCCAAAACAUUAACUUAUCUGCAAUCCGUACUGUCCGUGUCCUGAGGCCCCUCAAAGCCAUCAACCGGGUGCCUAGCAUGCGAAUCCUGGUGAAUUUGCUCCUGGACACUCUGCCCAUGCUGGGGAAUGUUCUGCUUCUCUGCUUCUUUGUCUUCUUCAUCUUUGGCAUCAUCGGCGUACAGCUGUGGGCUGGUCUGCUCAGAAACCGCUGUUUCAUGGAGGAGAACUUCACAAUACAAGGCGACAUCAUUCUUCCCCCCUACUACCAACCCGAGGAGGACGAUGAGAUGCCCUUCAUCUGCUCCCUGUCAGGAGAUAAUGGCAUCAUGGGGUGUCAUGAGAUCCCCCCGCUGAAGGAGAGGGGCCAUGAGUGCUGCCUGGACAAGGAUGACUAUUAUUACUACAACUCCAUCCGGCAGGAGUUCAAUGUCAGCGGCGUGUGCGUCAACUGGAACCAAUACUACAACGUGUGCCGCACAGGCAAUGCCAACCCACAUAAGGGUGCCAUCAACUUUGACAAUAUCGGCUACGCCUGGAUCGUUAUAUUUCAGGUGAUCACACUGGAAGGGUGGGUGGAGAUCAUGUAUUAUGUGAUGGAUGCUCAUUCGUUCUACAACUUUAUCUACUUUAUCUUGCUGAUAAUCGUGGGCUCUUUCUUCAUGAUCAACCUGUGCCUGGUGGUCAUAGCCACUCAGUUCUCUGAGACCAAGCAACGGGAGCACCAGCUGAUGCAGGAACAGCGAGCACGGUACUUGUCCUCCAGCACUGUAGCCAGCUACACUGAACCAGGAGACUGCUACGAGGAGAUCUUCCAGUAUGUCUGCCACAUCGUGCGCAAAGCCAAACGUCGCACACUUAGCCUCUACAACAGCCUGCAGGACCAACGCCAGGGCCGGAUGGAGCCAGGCAGUGCCAAGCUUGGUGUGAACGGGAAAGGACAGAGACGCUAUAGGCAUUGCCAGAAACACAACUCUCUCGAAUACACUCCUCAUGCCCUCAUCCAGCCCAUUGCUGUGACCCUGACCUCUGACCCCAACAACUGCCCCAGAUGUCACAGAGUGCAGCGUGAGGCAGCCCGGAGGCUCUCCAUCCUGGACAGUGCUGAUUCGGACCAGGAGGAAGGAGCGGCCAGUGAAGAGCAAAGAGAAAGAAGAAGAGGAAGCGAAGGUGCCACAGAUCUGGAGAAGGAGGAAGAGGAGGGGGAAGAGGGCGGAUGGCUGAGGCUCUGCGAUGACCUGUGGCGAGAAGUGAGGGUCAAACUAAGGGGGAUUGUGGACAGCAAGUACUUCAACCGUGGGAUCAUGAUAGCCAUCCUAGUGAACACCAUCAGCAUGGGCAUUGAGCACCAUGAACAGCCAGAAGAACUGACCAACAUCUUGGAGAUCAGCAAUGUUGUGUUCACCAGCAUGUUUGCCCUGGAGAUGAUCCUGAAACUCGCUGCGUUUGGCCUCUUUGAUUACCUCCGCAAUCCCUACAACAUCUUCGACAGCAUCAUUGUCAUCAUCAGCAUCUGGGAGAUCAUUGGCCAGUCAGAUGGGGGGCUGUCAGUGCUGAGAACUUUCCGCCUCCUGCGGGUGCUGAAGCUUGUGCGUUUCAUGCCUGCUCUGCGACGCCAGCUGGUGGUGCUGAUGAAGACCAUGGACAAUGUGGCCACCUUCUGUAUGCUCCUUAUGCUCUUCAUCUUUAUAUUCAGCAUCCUGGGAAUGCACAUCUUUGGGUGCAAAUUCAGCCUCCGGACAGACACCGGAGACACUGUCCCUGACCGGAAGAAUUUCGACUCCUUGCUCUGGGCCAUCGUCACUGUGUUCCAGAUCCUGACCCAGGAGGACUGGAAUGUUGUGCUGUAUAAUGGCAUGGCCUCCACCUCACCAUGGGCAUCCCUUUACUUUGUGGCCCUCAUGACCUUUGGCAACUAUGUCCUCUUCAAUCUGCUGGUGGCUAUCCUAGUGGAGGGCUUCCAGGCUGAGGGUGAUGCCAACCAGUCGUACUCGGACGAAGAUCAGAGUUCAUCGAACAUGGAGGAAUUUGACAAAUUCCUGAACAGCCGGGAUGGCUCAGAUCCCAGGCUCUGUGCAAUUCCCAUGACCCCAAAUGGACACCUUGACCCCACCCUACCUUCUUCCAACCAGCCAGUGGCAGCUGGUGGGGUCACAAGUUCUGCCCAGAAUUCCCUGCAGCCAGACCAGAUCCUCAUUGCCUUGGGUUCCAGGAAGAGCAGUGUGAUGUCACUGGGGAGAAUGACCUACGACCAGAGGUCACUGUCUAGCUCUCGCAGUUCUCAUUAUGGUGCAUGGGGCCGCAGCGGGACCUGGGGGAGCCGUCGUUCCAGCUGGAACAGCCUGGCUCGGGGACACAGCCUAAAACACAAGCCUCCAUCUGCCGAGCAUGAAUCUUUGCUGUCUGGGGAAAGGCACAGGGUGGCGGAUGGAGAACGAGAGGGAAUGGGAAGGGCCCCUCAUCACCGGCGGACACUCUCUCUGGACACCAAAGAUUCCUGUGAUCUGGUGGAGCUGACGUCAUCAGUUCCAUCCAGUCACAGGGCAGUGAGGAAGUUGGGUGUGGCUCUGGACACCAGCGAGCACCAGGACUGCAAUGGCAAAAUGCCCAAUAUCGCUAAGGAGAUUUUCCCGCAGAUGGACAACCGCAAGGAACGUGGAGAGGAUGAGGAGGAGAUAGACUAUAGCCUGUGUUUCCGCAUCCGGAAGAUGAUGGAUGUCUACAAGCCAGACUGGUGUGAGACACGGGAGGAUUGGUCCAUCUACCUCUUCUCUCCACAAAACAGGUUCCGCAUCCUCUGCCAAACCAUCAUUGCUCACAAGCUCUUUGACUACGUUGUUCUGGCCUUCAUCUUCCUGAACUGCAUCACCAUUGCCCUGGAGAGACCACAGAUCGAGCAUCGGAGCACGGAGAGAAUCUUUCUCACCGUAUCCAACUACAUUUUCACAGCAAUCUUCGUAGCUGAGAUGACACUAAAGGUGGUCUCUCUAGGCCUAUAUUUUGGGGACGAGGCCUAUCUCCGCAGCAGCUGGAACAUCCUAGAUGGCUUCUUGGUCUUUGUGUCCCUCAUUGACAUUGUGGUGUCAGUGGCCUCUGCUGGAGGAGCUAAAAUUUUGGGGGUGCUCCGGGUCCUCCGACUGCUGCGCACACUACGUCCUCUCAGGGUCAUCAGCCGUGCCCCAGGCCUGAAGCUGGUGGUGGAGACACUCAUCUCAUCCCUCAAACCCAUUGGGAACAUUGUCCUCAUUUGCUGUGCCUUCUUCAUCAUCUUUGGCAUCCUGGGUGUGCAGCUCUUCAAGGGGAAGUUCUACCACUGCCUCGGGGUUGACAUCCGUAACAUCACCAACAGGUCUGACUGUGUGGCCGCCAAUUACAAGUGGGUACACCAAAAGUACAACUUUGACAACCUUGGACAGGCCCUGAUGUCCCUCUUCGUUCUGGCCUCCAAAGAUGGUUGGGUCAAUAUUAUGUAUAAUGGACUAGAUGCUGUGGCUGUUGACCAGCAGCCAGUGACCAACAACAAUCCCUGGAUGCUCCUUUACUUCAUCUCAUUCCUCCUCAUUGUCAGCUUCUUCGUACUCAACAUGUUUGUGGGGGUGGUGGUGGAGAACUUCCACAAGUGCCGACAGCACCAGGAGGCAGAGGAGGCACGCCGGCGGGAGGAGAAGCGCCUGAGGCGCCUGGAGAAGAAGCGCAGGAAGGCGCAGCGCUUGCCGUAUUAUGCCACCUACUGCUCUGUCCGCCUCCUCAUCCAUUCGGUCUGCACCAGCCACUACUUGGACAUCUUCAUCACCUUCAUCAUCUGCCUCAACGUCGUCACCAUGUCCCUGGAGCACUACAACCAGCCAGUGUCUCUUGAGACUGCCCUGAAGUACUGCAACUACAUGUUCACCACAGUCUUUGUGCUGGAGGCAGUUCUGAAGCUGGUGGCGUUUGGACUGCGGCGAUUCUUCAAAGACCGGUGGAACCAGCUGGACCUGGCCAUUGUGCUGCUAUCUGUCAUGGGCAUCACGCUGGAGGAGAUUGAAAUCAAUGCAGCUCUUCCCAUCAACCCCACUAUCAUCCGCAUCAUGAGGGUGCUGCGCAUUGCCCGGGUGCUGAAGCUGCUGAAGAUGGCGACAGGAAUGCGGGCGUUACUGGACACAGUUGUGCAAGCUCUACCGCAGGUGGGGAACCUCGGACUGCUCUUCAUGCUCCUCUUUUUCAUCUACGCUGCUCUAGGAGUGGAGCUCUUUGGGAAGCUGGUGUGCAAUGACGAGAAUCCCUGUGAGGGCAUGAGCCGCCAUGCCACGUUUGAGAACUUUGGGAUGGCCUUCCUCACGCUCUUCCAAGUCUCCACUGGCGACAACUGGAAUGGAAUCAUGAAGGAUACCCUGCGGGACUGCACCCAUGAUGACCGGAGUUGCCUCAGCAACCUGCAGUUCAUCUCACCGCUCUACUUUGUCAGCUUCGUGCUCACAGCACAAUUCGUCCUCAUCAACGUGGUGGUAGCUGUGCUCAUGAAACACCUCGAUGACAGCAACAAGGAGGCGCAGGAGGAUGCAGAAAUGGAUGCCGAGAUUGAGCUUGAGAUGGCACAUGGGCUCUGCCCCCGCAGCGUGAGCUCCCAUAGCUCAGGACAGGGUGGAGGAGAUGGGAGAGUGGACCCUGAGGGACGUCUGUGCAUGCGAUGUUUCUCUCCAGCACAGGAGAACUUAUGGCUGGACAGUGUCUCUUUAAUUAUUAAGGACUCCUUCGACGGGGAGUUAAUGAUCAUCGAUAACCUAUCGGGCUCCGUCUUCCAUCAUUACUCCUCGCCGGCCAUGUGCGAGAAGUGUAACCAUGACAAGCAAGAGGUUCAGCUCGCUGAAAUGGAAGCCUUAUCCCUCAACUCAGACAAGUCUUCUUCCAUCCUGCUAGGGGAUGAUUUAGACAAUCGCAGCAUCUGUCAGUUGAGUCCUAAGGAGACCAAGCAGGAUGGCCAGAACAGUCCUGACUCCAUGGACAUGGGAGAUUUGGGGGAAUGUUUCUUCCCAUUAACAACGACAGGUGCUUCUCCAACUCCGGGAAGUUGCUUGUGUGAAAUGGAGAAAAUCCCUUUCAACCCCGUCCAGUCCUGGCUGAAGCAUGAGAGUAGUCAAGUUCCCCCCAGACCCUUCUCUCCAGAUACAUCCAGGCCACUGUUACCUGUACCAGCGGAGUUUUUCCACCCAGCCAUCUCUGCCACCCAGACUGGGCAGGAGAAGGUUUCCUGUCCAGGCAGCCUUCCUAAAAUCUCUCUGCAGGGUUCAUGGGCAUCACUGCGAUCCUCAAGUGUGAACUGCUCACUACUCCACCAGGCCACGGAGAGUGACACCUCCCUCGAUGACAGCAGGAGCAGUAGCUCAGAAAGCAGCUUGCAGACCACCCUGGAGGACAGCUUGAACCUUAGCGACUCUCCCCAGUGCACCCUGGAUCUCCCAGUGGCACUGUGCCCGAUGCCAACGGCUGCCACCCAAAGAACCAUGGCAGCUCCGCUUUCCCCUGCAUCCCGGAGGCGGAACCUGCGAGGCCGCGGGAUAUUCAGCCUGCAGAACAUCAGGCGGCAUCAGCGGAGCCACAGCAGCGGAGGGAGCACAAGCCCUGGCUGCACUCAUCAUGACUCCAUGGACCCUUCUGACGAGGAGGGCGCGGGUAGCAGCCUGAGGGGUGGCAACAACAGCGAGCAGUCAGAGACCCUCAGCAGCCUCUCCCUGACAUCCCUUUUCUCCCCACCCCCACCACCCCCGGGCCGGGCGCUUGUGAAGAAGUGCAACAGCACAAGCAGCCUCAACGCCAACCUCUCCUCCCGAGGGCCCAUCACCAACGAAGCCAAGCCGUUCUACUCAGUUGACCCCCGGGGGUUCCUCUCCAUGCCCUCCUGGGUGACGGACUUCUGCAAGGACACCCCCUCACCAGGUGAUGGUGAGGAGUCAGACAGCCCCGAUAAACUGGGGACGGCAGACCGCAGCUCUCCACUCCCUUCUGAGCUGGAGUUGGGCAAUGGAGUCAGCAAGAGGAACAGAUGAGGGUCCCUGGGGUAGGGAGGGGAGCGAGCAGCGUG